GAGCAGAGGGAAUCCAGUGUGAAAGGAAGCCUUGCAUCUCACCAGGAUGUCUACAAAAAUGACUGCAGUUCUGUUCCUGUUACAGCUGAGUAGUCACUUUAGUUCUGGAAGUUGUGGGAAGGUGCUUGUGUGGCCAAUGGAAUACAGCCAUUGGAUCAAUAUAAAGACAAUAUUGGAUGAACUAGUUCAGAAAGGUCACGAAGUGACUGUUCUGAAAUCCUCAGCUUCCGUUUCUUUUUAUGUUGAAGAAGGAUCUGCUAUUAAAUUUGAGACUUACCCUUCAGCAAUGUCUAAAACUGACAUGGAAGAUUUUUACAUUGAAGCAAUCAGGAAGUUGAUUUAUGAGCUGCCAGAAGAAUCGAUUUGGACAUACUUUUCACUGUUGCAAGACCUGGUGUGGGAAGAUUCUGAAUACUUUAUGACACUCUGUAAAGAGGUAGUUUUUAACAAGAAUCUUAUGACAAAACUACGUGAAUCCAAGUUUGAUGUCAUUCUUGCAGAUGCAUUUGGUCCCUGUGGUGAGCUGCUGGCUGAGCUAUUUAAAAUACCAUUUGUGUAUACUCUUCGCUUUUUGUCUGGAUACACGUAUGAAAAAUAUAGUGCAGGACUUUCAUUCCCUCCUUCCUAUGUGCCUAUUCUUAUGUCAGAAUUAAGUGAUCAAAUGACUUUCAUGGAGCGGAUAAAAAAUAUGCUGUAUGUGCUGUAUUUUGAUUUUUGGUUCCAAACAUUUGAUGAGAAGAAGUGGAAUCAGUUUUACAGUGAAAUUUUAGGACGACCCACUACAUUACUAGAGACAAUGUCAAAAGCAGAUAUCUGGCUCAUUAGAACCUAUUGGGAUUUGGAAUUUCCUCGCCCAACCCUACCAAAUGUUGAUUUCGUUGGAGGACUCCACUGCAGACCUGCCAAACCUCUGCCUAAGGAAAUGGAAGACUUUGUCCAGAGCUCUGGAGAGAAUGGUGUUGUGGUGUUUUCUCUGGGGUCAAUGGUCAAUAACAUGACCGAAGAAAGGGCCAAUGUGAUUGCAUCAGCCCUUGCCCAGAUUCCACAAAAGGUCAUAUGGAGAUAUGAUGGCAAGAAACCAGCUACCUUAGGACCCAAUACUCGACUUUACAAAUGGAUUCCUCAGAAUGACCUUCUUGGUCAUCCAAAAACCAAAGCUUUUAUAACUCAUGGUGGAACCAAUGGCAUCUAUGAGGCCAUCUAUCAUGGGAUCCCUCUGGUGGGCAUUCCCUUGUUUGCGGAUCAACCUGAUAAUGUCAUGCACAUGAAAGCCAAAGGAGCAGCUCUUAGACUGAAUUUUAUUACAAUGUCAAGUAUGGAUUUACUCAGUGCAUUGAAUACAGUCAUUAAUGAACCUUCAUAUAAAGAGAAUGCUAUGAGGCUAUCAAGAAUUCACCAUGAACAGCCAGUGAAGCCUCUGGAUCGAGCUGUCUUCUGGAUUGAGUUUGUCAUGCGCCACAAAGGAGCUAAACACCUCCGGGUUGCUGCCCAUGACCUCUCCUGGUUCCAGUACUACUCUUUGGAUGUGCUUGGGUUCCUGCUGGCCUGUGUGGCAACUGUGAUAUUUAUCAUCACCAAAUGCUGUCUGUUUUGUUGCCAGAAGUUUAUUAAAACAGGAAAGAAGAAGAAAAGGGCAUAGUUGCAUCUAGACCCAAAGCUGGGAGUCCUGCCAGAUGGACCUCCUCUAGUUCAAUUUCACAAGAAAAGAUUGUGAACCAGCCUCCUCUUCUGCUUAUAAAAUCACUUUUAAAACUUAUCAUGAUUUAAUUUCACUUGGGUGUAGUGUUUCGUAGUGUUAACUUUUUCUGAAUAAGGUAUUCAAUACUUAAAAUUGUGUGUCAAGAUUCACCCUUCUCUUUUGUUUUGGUAGACUGGUAGUGCUGGCUUGUACAUCCAGCCUUAGCAUCAUUUCUCUUCAGGACCUGAUAAGACUUUUAUCUUCUUCUUGCUGAAGUCAUUUCCAAAAAAGGUAUGUCAAAUACGAAAUAUACUGUUUCCUACCUACACAUUUAUUCUGUUUUCUUUUAACCACAUAAAAGUAAUGAUCUGGUUACACUGAUUCUCAUAUUCAGUCUUUGGAAAGAGAUGUAAGAUAUCAAUUAUAAGUUAUGAUAAUUUAGAACUGGUAGUAGAAUUAGUAAAAAUACUUACUGCUUUUUCAUUUCUUCCCAAUGUUUUUCCAAAGCAAGACACAGGAUGAAAGUCCAUUGUGAGAUACUUGAUUUGCAAAUAUUUUUCCAUUGCAGAAUGAAAGACUCACCUACUAUGAAUACACAGAUUUAUUUCUUCAUAGUGCACUUUGAAUCAUGUAAAUAUUUAAUUUUAGUUAAAUAGUUCUUUAGUUACCAAGAUUUCCCUUAUUCUAAUGGAAGUGACAAUGUUAAGUACAUUGUGCCAUGUAUAUCUAUAUUCAAGUCAACAUUCAUUACAACUAUUACACUAAUCUUACAGUAUAAGAAGGUCAUCUCCUAAAGGAACACUUUAACAAUGCAUGAACAAAAAAUAGUAAUAAAUUUCAGUGGAAAAGUACUUUAAAAUUCAAGAAAACAAUAGCAUGGAAAUAUAAUUCAGGUGAGAAAAACAGUAAGUGAAUAUAAAAUAAAAUGGUGAAUUCAACUGUGAAGAUAUUACAGUUUACAUUAAUUAUAAAAACUGGAAUUACUAUCAGACAAAGAAUGUAAGACCAUAUUUUUUAAAAUUAACUAUCUACCCUGUUUAUAAGACAUGCUGAAUUUAAGUAUACAGGAAGGCUGUGAGUGAAAAAGUGAGAAAAGUCCUACUGAACCCAUAACCAAAAUAAGCAAUUUUACCUCCAAUAAUACUACCAUUGUUUUCCAAAAUAACAAAUAAAAUUAAAUAUUAAUAUUUUUACAAUAUUAUUUGAAGUCAUUUUAAAGCAUAACAUUCUCAAUUUUAUGCACCUACUAAAUAAACUUCAAAUUAAAUAAGUCUAAAUGAACAAAAAAAAAAAGAAUACACAGAAUUUAUUGACAUAAUAAAAUGAUAUUGAAUACCUUUACAAUAAGAUAUAAAUUAUUUUAAAAUUAAUAAAUAUGGGCUAGGAUUAUAGCUCAGUGGUAUGCCUCACAUGCAUGAGACCCUGGGUUCGAUCCUCAGCAUCACAUAAAAAUAAAUAAAUAAAUUGUAUAAAAAAUUAAUAAAUAUAAGUGCACAUUAGACUGAUAGAAUGUAAUGAAUGUAACCUAAGUGAUGAAUGUAUAUUUAUGACAAGAAAACUUAGUAGAUUUGAAAAGGUAGAAAUCAUAAAUAAUAUAUUGUGCAGAUACACAGGAUUUAAGUGAGGAAACAAACAAAAAAUAUUUAACUAAAAUAACCACAUCUGGAUAUUAAUCUAAAUACAUGAGGAUCCAUGUGGAAACUUUAGUCACACUAGUAUCCAAAGCUGACAUGUGUUUAAUCAAAAAUGAUCUUUCUAGCAAAAGGUAGAAGAGAAGAGAAAAAAUAUAAUUGUUAAAAGUCAUUUCACCCACCCUGACAAAAUGCCUCUUCAAAAAGGUCAAGAUGAUAUUUUCAAAUAGCAUUUAACCAUUUCACUUACCAUUCUUAGAAUGGUUUACUACGACUUGGUCUCUAGAAAAGAUUAAGCUUCCCACUUGACAUUCCAUUUUAACUUUGGAAAUGUUUAUGCACCAGAAAUCUCCAACUUAAAGAGAUUGUACUACUUUGAAUUCACUCUUUUCAAGCACAAUUUUUGUUUUAAUUACAUUUGAACUUGAAAUGGAAGUAAAGAAAUAAAUAAACCUCCAACUUAGAAGCCAAGUUGUCCAAGACAACAGUUCAAAGUACAGUACUUUUAAGGCUGUUCUAUGGCACUUAUUUGACCCACUUUUGUAAACUCAAAGAACAUUUUAGAGACUUGAAAAGUUCAACCAAUUAACUGACUUUAAAAAUUGGUGUCUUAUGAUUUUCCUUUAGAGAUAAAGAGAAUGCUGUUAGAUUAUCAAUAAUUCAUCAUAAGCAUCCAGUUGAGCUAUCAUCUGGAUCAAGUUUGUCAUGUGCCACAAAGAAACUAAAUACCUUUGGUUGUUGCUCAUGACCUCUCCUGGUUCCAGUACUACUCUUUAGAUGUGGUUGUGUUUCUGCUGGCCUGUGUGGCAAAUGUGAUGUUCAUCAUCACUAAAUGCUGUCUGUUUUGUUGCCAAAUGUUUGCUAAACCAGGAAAGAAGCAAAAAAAAAAAAAAAAAGGAGAAGUUUAUUCAGCCUGAACCUGGGAGUCCUAACAGAUGGACUUCUAGUGUAUUCCAGCAAAAACCUGUUACAAUGCUAGACUCCCUACUGUUGUGAGAAAUUUUCACAACCUACCAUAAUUAACUCAAAUUUCUUUUCCAGAAUUUUGAUUCCUGGUUAAGGAGUAUAAAUAUUUCAGGUGAAAGAAAUAUCAAACAUUGGAGAAGAAAAAACUAUAUGAACCUAUGUAGAAAUUUAAUAGUGUAAUUUAUUCUUCAUACCAAUAAACCUAUUGAGCUUAAUUAUAAUUAUUCUUUGAGAUAAGACCAGUAAGGAUUCACUCAGAGUAUCAAUAUGGUUUCUCAAAUAUUUAGCCUGCCUUAACUUAAUUGUAGUACAGAAUUUUGUACAUUUAACUUUCUUAAAGAAAACACUCAAUAAUUUCAAUUGUGUAAAAAGACUAAAUCUUUCUCUUGGAUUUCAGAAACCAGUAUUUCUGCUGAAUUUUACUAUAAACCCAGCCUCAGCAUAACUUCUCUCUGAGCAUCUGGAAGUAUGUUUGCCUAGUUUCAGCUAAGUCACUUCUCAAUAUAAUGUGUAUGGAAUUAGAAACAUAAUGAUUUUUAUCUGCUUUCUACAGUUGAGCUAUUGAAGAAAAUAUUUGAUUUCAGUAGCUUAUUAUUAUUUACUUGUAAUCCUUCAAAUAAAUUCAACUGGUUGCCCAUUCUCAUAAUCAUACUUUGGACAUAGAUACUAGGUCUCAAUUAUAGGUUGUGUUAAUACAAAACAGGAACAGGAAAGAAACUUGCUCUCACCUCAAAUAGGACACAAUGCUACCUACAUUUGUUACAGUUAUAUUGUGAAAUGUACUAAGUUUUGUAGACAGUUUGCAAUUAUGUUUACUGUUCUAUAAUUUGUAAUUAUGAAGAGCUUGUCUAAUUUUUUCUCUCUUUUCUCAGUAGCUAAUUGCCUCAUCCCACCCAUAACUCUAAAAAGGGAUCUAAAUCAUUUGGAAUGACUGAAAAAUAAAAUCUUUAUACUUUUCCUUCAAAUCUCAGCUUGUUAUCUACUAUAAUAAUUACUAACACUGAAAACAAUAUAAAAAUUAUAUAAAUUGUGUGGAAAAUAAAUAAAACCACAAGUAGUCCAAAGGCUGUCCUUUAAGGAAAACAUCACAGAACAUUUUUACGAUCAAAGUGGACCAAAACUGAGGAAUAGUUAUUUUUUUAAGUCAGCUUUUUCACUGGCUCAUUUCUUCUGUGCUCCAGGUGAGGCAGAACAUCCUGUUGGGAGAGUGUGCUGGAAGGAAGCAGCUCACAUCAUGACCAGGACACAGAGAGAGAGAGAGAGACUCCACUUGCUACAUACAAAAUAUAUACCCCAAAGCCAGGCCACCAUUAUCUGCCACCUAUAGCUACACACCACCUGCCUUCAAUUACCUUUCAAUCCCAUCAGGUCAUUAUUUCACUGAUUGGCUUAAGGAUCUCACAGCCCAAUCAUUUCCCCUCUGAACCAUCUCACAUUGUCUCUCAAAUGAGCUUUUGGAGAACCUCUCACACCCAAACUACAACAGUUAAUUCUCCCUUUUGAUAUGAAGACCACCAUCCAAGCCUCACAUGAAACAAUCUUUGUUAUAUGUUAUUAAUUAAAAUAAAUAUUAAAACCUAUUUUUAUAUCUUUCUGUCACUUCUUUAUUCAUGCAUUAUAGUAUACAAGCUGAUAGCAUUUAAUAUGACAUAUUCGUACAUGUACGCAAAGACACAAUAUGACAAUAUAAGUUGGCCAGUAUCACUUCCCAGCAUUUCCCACCACCCUUUUCUCCUCUGAUCCUCUGGUUCCUUCCCUCUCCUGAUCUCCCACUGAUUUUCAUGAGAUUCACAACAGUCUUUCCUUUUCCUCUCUAGCUUCCACAUAUGAGAGAAAACAUAAAACCCUUGAUUUUCUGAGUUUGACUUAUUUUGUCUAACAAAAUUAUCUCCAAUUCCAUCCAUUUUCAUGCAAAUGACAUAAUUAUUUAUGGUUGAAUAACACACUUCAUUAUGUAUAUAUACCACAUUUUCUUUAUCUAUUCAUUCAUUGGCAGGCACCUAAGCUGGUUAUAUAAUUUGGCUAUUGUGAAUUGUGCUGCUUAAAAUAUGAGUAUCCAGGUAUCACUGUAAUAAGAUGACUUUAAUUCUUUGGGGGUAAGUAUUAAGAAGUUGUAUAGCUGGGUAAUAUGAUGGUUUCAUGCCUAGCCUUUGAGGAACCUCCAUAUUGACAUCCAUAUGGUUGUACUAGUUGACAAUCCCAUCAACAGUGUUUCUUUUUUCCAUAUUUUAUUCAGUAUUUGUUAUUCUUUUUAUUAUUGAAGACUACCAUUCUGACUUGUUUGAAAUGUAAUCUCAGUAAAGUUUUGUUUUGCAUUUCCAUGAAGGUUAAAGACAUCAAACAUUCUUUUUCCAUAUUGUUGUUAGUCAUGCACAUGUCUUAAGAAGUAUAUGUUUAAUUCAUUUGCUGAUUUAAUAAUUUGGUUAUUUAGCAUACAUUUUGUUGAGUAAUUUCUACAUUUACAUAUUAAUCCUUUGUCAGAAGAGAGCUAGCAAAGAUUUUUUCCUAUUCUCUAGGUUCUCUUUGCACAAUUCUAAUGGUUUCCUUUGUUGUGUGUAGAAGCUAUCUAAUUUGAUACCUUCCCAUUUAUUAACUCUUGGUAUUAUUUCCUGAGCUUUAGGGCUUCUAUUGAGAAAGUUGUUCCCUAUGCCUAUACGGUGAAGUGUUGAGCCUUCAUUUUCUUCAAGGAGUUCCAUAGUUUCUGGUCUAAUACCUAGGUCUUUGAUCCACUUGUGGUUAAUUUUUGUGUAGGGUGGAACAAAAGGGUGUAAUUUCAUUCUUCUACACAUGAUGAGUCAUUUUCCCAACAUAAUUUGUAGAAAAGGCAAUCUUUUCUCCAAUGUAUAGUUUUGGCACCUUUGUCAAGAAUUAGAUGACUGUUCAUAUGUGUGGUUUUCUCUGUAUCUUCAUCUCCGUACCAAUGGUGUAUGUGUUUUAUGUUAAUACUGUGCAGUUUUUGUUACUAUAGCUCUGUAGUAAAAUUUGAAGUCAGA